AUGCUAAAAUUGUGGCAGAAAUACUUUCGAGCUUCACCGGAAAUAUUCUCUUCGUUCCUGAGCUCGAAAUCGCCAUUUGAGCAACAGCUUUCUCCGCCAAAUCCAGGACUGUCUUUGCAUCGCAUGCGUAUGGCAUGGGCGACGCACAAUGGCAAUAAAAUUCCGCGCUUAUGCCAAGAACCGCAAAUCCGGAUCAAGGGCAUUCGAGCUUGGACUUCUCUUGUGGACGAUGAGGUCGCAAGUCAUCUACUUUCGCUGUAUUUUGCGUGGGAAAAUCCGACAUGGCAACUUGUUGAUCAGCAUAUGUUUCUCAAGGACUUAGCGAGUGGGUCCAAGAGAUUCUGUUCUCCGCUGUUGGUCCACGCCCUUCUCUUUUUUGGCUGUAGCUGCUCCUACAGCUUGGACCGGAUAACCGAUCGACAAGAGGAAAAGUCUCUGGGCAAAAAGUUAUACGCCGAGAUUCAACGCCUCUGGCAGAUUGAAAAGGACCAGCUGAACCUUCCAACUGCGCAGUCCAGUAUCUUGAUUGGCCUGCUUUGUUGUACUCUGGGCAUUGACAGACUGGGAACGAAACACAUUCUCCACGGAGCAAAACUAUGCCACAAACUAGAGCUACACUGCAAGUCACCGGCGUAUCUCUACAGCCAUGUGAACAGGGAUGAACUAGGUCCAAUAUCAAGAUGCCAUCAGCUGGUCGCAUGGGCCGUAUUCGAUGUACAAGCUCUUGCUGCGCAGGUUUACAGGAAGAUGCCAGUGUGGGAACGACCACCGGCUGUAUGCUUCUCCCUGGACGAGGCGGCAGUACUGGAUGAAGGCGUCGAGUGGAGCCCCUACCCUUUCAAAACUCCCGUUCAACAGCCUUUCUACUACACCGCGGCCUGCUACCGUAGCGCCCUCGUGAUGAUCGUCCAUGAGAUUGCUAUAGCGGGCAUUAAAUUUUCAAACACCGGCAUUGCAAGCGACGAUUGGCAGUACGGCCAUCAGCUACAUCAAAAGCUAUGCGAUUGGAUGACCAGCCUGCCGUCAUGUGUGAUGCCCCAAUCCAACACAACCCCACAUAUACUAUGCUUGCAUUUGUACUUCCAAGCGACCCUUGUAUUCUUAGGCGAUAUCUUUAUUCUAUAUUCGAAGGUGACACGCAAUGAUGAAUCGAAUCUGACGCGGUUCGAUCCCUGGACUGUAAAGUCUCGAGCCCUGGACUCUGUUGGGUCUCUCAUCCUGCUGUACAAACAAUCUCACGGGUGGAAGUCGAUUCCAAUUGUGUUCCUUCACUAUUUCUGCCUGGCGGGGGUUCAUUCAAUAUCGCAGCUGGAACCUCAGGCGCCGAAAUGGAGUCUGAUCUUGGAGAGCUGUGUGGUGGGUCUCUGGCAUAUGAGUCUUGGUUGGGGCAGGUUGUGCACAGCAUUUCUUCGAACGAUUGAGCUUGUGCUCAAGGCGAGCAACCUCGACGAGUCGCUCAUACCCACAAAGGUGACGGUGAUUUUCGAACAACUGAAUACCACUCUUUGGACUGCCACGGAUAUUUCGUCUCUGUCUGCCGACUACGUUGUGCAUCACGUUCCAGUUCCAGCUAGCGAGUCCGCUGCAGGAUCCGAAUUCAAGGCCGAAGGGCUAGAAAAUCUGAUCCGUAGCAUGGAUCAUCUUUCCAUGCACUGA